AUGUCAAGACGGGCACGAUCUGCUACUCCAGUCGGUACUACCGCAGAACUCGCACAGGCUUUGCGACAGAUUGGGCAGAUUUUACAAGGUCAGCAGGCGCAACAGGCACAACAAAUGGAGCAAGCGCCAAGGCCGAGAGUAGGCAUGAAUGACUUCCUGCGCCACAAUCCUGUCAAGUUCAGUGGCAAGGCAACUCCUGAUGAAGCAGAGGACUGGAUCAGUAACUUGGAGAAAAUUUUUGAUGCUAUCGAGUGCACCGAGGGACAGAAGCUAGUUUUUGCCACCUAUGUGCUAGCAGGAGAGGCUGAAUACUGGUGGAGGGGAAUGCGGAGAGAAAUGGAAGCUCGGGAAGAGGGUGCUACUUGGGUGGGAUUCAGAACUAGAUUCUUGGAGAGAUAUUUUCCGAAUCUUCCCGAGGAAUGGAAGUGUAGGCGGUUUGAGCAAGGCUUUCGUCCUCAGAUAUUGAAACCAUUGGUUCACCAUAGAAUCAAUAGUUUCCCAGAAUUGGUGGAGCAGGCCUUGAUAGCUGAGAGGAUGGAUGAGUCUGCGCGCAUGAUGAGGGUCCAGAAGGGUAGUUUCUCAAAAGUUCGACAGCAGAAGAAGCCGUAUGAGCGACCACAUCAGUUCAGGCCAGGAGCAUUGCAGUGUUUUGAGUGUGGAGGAGAUCACCUUAGGAGGAAUUGCCCCAAGUUUGCUGCUGAUAAGAAAGAGUUGAGAACUUGUUUCAACUGCAACAAGCCAGGACAUUUUUCGCGCGACUGUCCUCAAAAAAGAGCAUUCACUAGGACUUACCAGAAACCUAGUAAUGGAGGGAAGCCGCAGGCAGCAGGUCGAGUUUUCGCCAUGACUGGGAAGGAGGCCGAGAAGUCAGGUAAUUUGAUUCUGGAUACUUGCCUUUUGUUUGGUAAUGUUGUGCAUGUGUUGUUUGAUUCGGGUGCAACACACUCGUUUGUAUCCUUAUUGUGUGUGGAGAAAGUUGGUCUACGUAUGUUGGACCUGGGGUGCGAGCUUGUAGUCUCUACUCCGACAUCCGGACAAGUUUCAACCAGUUCAGUCUGCGUUGGGUGUCCGAUUGAGGUGGCUGGUCACAAGUCUAGAGUCAACUUGGUGUGUUUGCCGCUUGAGGGUUUAGACGUGAUCUUGGGGAUGGAUUGGUUAUCUGAUAACCAAGUGUUGAUCGACUCGGACGUCGUGGUGUGGUGUUUCAAAAACCAGAAGGUGUUGAGUUGUCAACCACAAGAGAAGUGUUGCAAGACCUCAGGUGUGGAGCCGCAUGUUUUGUGA